GGUACUUGAGAUCGAUCAUGGCUUCCAAGGCUGCAUCAUCAACUGCCCUUCUCCUUAUGCUCAACAUCCUUUUCUUCACUUUGGUCUCGUCUACCUAUUGCCCACCACCACCACCAAAGUGUGGCCAUUGCAAACCAUCACCUUCACCACCAAAGUCACCUAAGCCACCACCAAAGUCACCUAAGCCACCUACACCGGUAACACCAACACCAACAACACCAGUAACACCAUUACCACCAACACCAGUAACACCAACACCAACUACACCAGUAACACCAACACCAACUACACCAGUAACACCAUUACCACCAACAACGCCAGUAACACCAGUAACACCACCAGCACCAGCACCAGUGUCUACCGGUUGCCCUAUAGACACCCUUAAGCUGGGUGUUUGUGCCAACGUGCUGCAGAGCUUGCUCGGCAUAACUAUAGGACUUCCAGCCACCGGCUCUUGCUGCAGUCUCAUCCAGAAUCUGGUUGAUCUUGAUGCGGCUGUUUGCCUUUGCACUGCCAUCAAGGCCAACCUCUUGGGGAUUAACCUUAACAUCCCUAUUUCCUUGAGCUUGCUAUUGAAUUAUUGCGGAAAGAAUGUCCCAUCCGGCUACCAGUGCUCUUAGACAUAUUUGUGCCACCUUAUUAAUUAUAGCUAUGCUCUAGCUUUCUUUUCCUUUUUUUUUUU